GUCAAACUCACUCUUUUUGUGCCUUUCCACUCACUCACUAUACUUUGACUCAUGCUAUACCACCUUACACAAACCUCCAUGCAAUACUAUGUAACAACAUUAAUUAUCUUAUCUUAUAUGUCUCCCAACAUUUCCAUACAUUAAAAUAUCUCACCUCAACUGUCUCUUCUCUCACUAUAUAAUCUCCAACACUCCUUUCUUUCUUUUUCCUUAUAUCUCCAAAACCUCUCCCCAACAUAUCAACAUGCAAGUCAUGAAAUCUCUCACUCAAGUCGACCCAACACCGCUGCAACAACCACAACCACCCUCUUCCUCUCUCUCGCUAGGGCUCAACGUCAUGAGACCCUAUGAGAUGGUGCAUCACUUGGUCUCAUGCAACGCCGUCGUCGUCUUCAGCGUCACCGACUGCUGCAUGUCAACUGUCGCCAAGCGCCUCCUCUUCAGCCUCGGUGUCGGCCCCAUUGUCGUGGAGCUAGAUGAACAGGCCAACGGUGCCGGAAUCCGGUCGGUCCUCCACCAGCUUGCUGGGGCCCAGCAGCCUGUUCCUGCUGUCUUCAUUGGUGGGAAGUUUUUGGGUGGGGUGCAAACCCUCAUGGCCAGCCACAUAAAUGGAACCCUGGUUCCACUCCUCAAAGAAGCUGGGGCUUUAUGGCUUUGAAUUUACUUGUUUAUGUGAAUUUCAAAAUAGAUAAAGUAGUGUA